UGCCGUUCCCUGGGAGACAGGGUGGGUGUUGGGUUCCUGGGCAGAGAAGGGUUUGUUGCUGUGGAAGUAGAGCUGGGGUUUGUCAGCAGCUGCUGCUGGGUGUUGGAGGUUGUAAAGGAGGUUUGCGAGGAGGUUUGCUUCGAGGUUACAGCAGAGGUUUGUUGUCAUGGCUGGGAAAGUAAAGUUUGUAAUAGUGUAAGGAGCACAAACUGCUCCUGUGCUGGAGCAAUGCCGGCACCAGCUGUGCCCAAAAUCAGCAGAGCUGAGGCACCUGUGGCAGCUAACACUCAGCUCAGGGCUGCUGCACUGCCAGAGCCACCCAAGGACGGAGGAACCAAGGUACCAACAACCAGCAAAGCGUUGAACCCCAAAGACUUCGUGCGCAUUCAGCCUCUGCCUGCUUUAGCUGAGAGAGAAGGGAAGGUGCUGGCCAGGAGCUGGGCGCUGUACAGGAGCAGCGGGCCGCCGUCAGAGCAAGUGUGCUGGGAGAAGUGGCACAGGAGGGAACGGCAGCGCACACAGGGGCUUUUCACCCCCCGAGGGAAGCCCUACCAGGAGCUGGGCGAGCUGCUGUGCACCGACCCAAAGCAGCUCACCCUGCGCUCCUUGGGACAGCUCGCACAGGAACCUGUGAAAAAAGACGUGCAGGAAAGACCGCAGGGAGAAGUGGCUGAGGUUACUGCUGAUGAGAGCUCUGUCAAUCCAAAGUCUGAUCCGCUGGAAUCAGUGAAAAGGCUCACCUCCUCUAAAGAAACAGGAAAGGAGCUGAAGACUCUUAGUAAAACUCUAGCUCACUUGAGGCAUCAUAUAAGUAUUGUGAAGCAGGGUGGAGAAUAUUUUCAUAUCCUUCACCAAGAAUCACUGGAGCAGAAGAAAGCAUUGAAAGCACAAAAGUCCCAGGUGACGAGAUGGAGAACUGACUUCCAGCCAAGCAAAUAUUCUUCUGAGGUAGAGGUGUCAGAUGAAGAAAUGAACACUUCCUCUCCAAUAGAAGGCAGCCACCCAAAAAAAUCAGGGAAGAAGAAAAAAAAGGUGACCUUACGGUCUUAUACUCCCAUUUAUACCAGUGUCCUGAUUUCAAGACCCUCUGAAGCACAAAGCAGUGGAUGCGUUUUCCGCCAGCUGUGUGCCAUACAUUGGCUUUUGGAAGCUCUGACUCUUGAAUCCAGCAGCUCAAUGCAUUCUAUAUUAUCCUGCUGGAACCUGACGGACCCUGGUGGCUUUAAAAAAUCAGUGAAGGAAAUCGAAGAGGAAAAGUUUGCAACAUAUAUGUGGGAGCUCUUCAUUACGAACACAAAGAAAUACAUGCGGAAGGCACGGCGCAUCCCAUUUAGGAGGCAGACAAACAAAGCAGCUGCUCCAGCCAGCUCUCAGCUUAGCAGUCACUCAUCUCAUGGUCCGACCCCUCUCAGCAGUGUAAAUUCUCUUGUGCUUUACUCUGAAGACAACAUCAACCUGAGCGGAGCUUUGCCCAAUGUUUCGAGUGUGUCAAUGCAAACUAAAGAACAACAAUUUUUCCCCUAUUAUUUUUCACCAGCCCCACAGAAGCAGACCCAGAGAACAGACGUGAAGGCAUCAAAAGAUGUCCAAGAACAAGCAGACAUGCUUACAAAGACUGGACUUCAGAGCUGCCACAUCAGCCAUUUCAUUAAAAGCAAAUCUAAUCUGUGUGCUGACACAAGGCACCAGUUCAUGGCAAUACGUGAAGAAGCAGCUCAGUGUUUGCAUGAUGCUCUGGAGAGCCUUGAGAGGAGCCAGGAAGAGCGAUGCUGUAAAAAAUACAUGGCUUUGAAACAGCUGAAGUACUUUAAAAAGGACAUGGAAAGAAUAAGACAGCUGGAUGUGAGAGCUGAAAGAGAACGUGAUGAAAAUGGGCUUAAAUGGUUUCCUGCAUUGCUGGCCAAGCUGCCGGAGCCUGUGAAGAAUGACCAUUAUGUCAAGAAAAUCUUAAAGAAACUGGAAAAAUUCGGCAUGGCUCCUGAUUUACACAUUGAUCAGGACACCUUCCUGAAGGCUGUGACUGAUCUCCAGCCGUGGGAGCUGUGCUCUCCUGACAUCGCUGCUGCUGUGGAGUUUGUACGUGAAAGUAUUGUACAGAUGCCAGAAGAGGAUUUCAGUGAGUGGUUCCAAGCAAGAGUAGACCCUCUCCAUGCACAAUCCUCUACUUUUAAUCAGAUGGACAGCUGAAACAGUUUUCCAGUUACAAUUGUCAUGCUUCAAGCAGAAAACUCCCUCCUGUUGAGAUUUGCAUCAUGGAAGACUGGGGAAGGAGAAUAAACUUCAGGAAGUCCCACUGACCACCUUUGCAUGUCUGAAAUUUGUCCCUGCAGAGUGCUCUGCUGGCUGUGCUCAGCCACAGAGAAUAAAAGCUAAAUGACUUCUU